AUGGACACAGUCACUGGUUUUGUCUGUAAGAGGUCUGACCAGGACGACUCAGAGUGUGAGGACUAUAAGGUGCGCUUCCUGUGCCCUGAGGAGUUCUGCCAGCCCCAAGACGAUUCGGACUCGGGUGACGGCGCCCCUAGUGGACACAUGUGUAAAAACAUCAGGAUGUGCGUUCCCAUCGAGAGCGAGUGUAACUGGCAAGGUAUCAGCAUCGAACUUGAACCCUAA